CAGGGUUUUAAAAUCUUUGGCAGGCCGUGAUACUUCUGGUUUUGGAGUCGGUACAGAAAGGAACAGUUUGCAAUACGAGCUCCUCUUCCUCCUCCUCCCCUGUGCUUCAUCUGUGCUUGCCAGUCUUUUUUUUCCCUUAAAAUAAUUGCACCGAGUCUUGCUUUGUCUUUUUUCUUUCUCUUUUAAAAGAAGCCGCUUCGAAAAAGGCCCAUCGCUGGUUCCUCCAGAGGAUCUGCCUUUUUUUCCUGCUUGACAGACAUGCAGAUUGGAAGGCAUCUGGAACGCCAGCAGAACACCGUGACGAUUUAAAAGGCUACGGAACAGUCGCCCUGUAGUGGUGGUGGAUCUCCAGUUAUCAAAAACUUUGGGAGUCGAGCAGGAAAUGGCUAACCCUCUGAAGCAAGUUUUCAACAAGGAUCGAACGUUCCGCCCCAAGCGGAAAUUCGAACCCGGGACACAGCGCUUUGAGCUCCACAAGAAGGCCCAGGCGUCGCUCAACGCGGGGUUAGAUUUGAAGCUGGCUGUUCAGCUGCCGCCCGGCGAGGACUUGAACGAUUGGGUGGCCGUCCACGUGGUAGACUUCUUCAACCGCAUCAACCUCAUCUACGGGACCAUCAGCGACUGCUGCACGGAGCAGUCCUGCCCGGUCAUGUCCGGCGGCCCAAAGUACGAGUAUCGAUGGCAGGACGAGAAAUAUCGCAAACCCACGGCCCUCUCUGCCCCCAAAUAUAUGAACCUGCUGAUGGACUGGAUUGAGGUGCAGAUCAACAAUGAGGACCUGUUCCCGACUAAUGUCGGGACCCCGUUCCCCAAGAACUUCCUCCAGGCCGUCAAAAAGAUCCUCUCCCGGCUUUUCCGGGUCUUCGUCCACGUCUACAUCCACCACUUCGACCGGAUCGCCCAGAUGGGCUCGGAAGCCCACGUCAACACCUGCUACAAGCACUUCUACUAUUUCGUGAAGGCGUUCGGCCUCAUCGACACCAAGGAACUCGAGCCGCUGAAAGAAAUGACCUUGAGGAUUUGCCAUUGACGUCCCGGAGCAUUUCCCGCCGUCUUCCGAGUGACGCCGAAUCCAAGAUUCUCCUGGGACUGUGGAGCUCUCCUCUACUAGAGAUUUGGAGCACCUUCCUUCCCUUUUGAAAAGAAAAUAAUAUAUUGUUUUGAAAACAAAAGACAAAGAAGAGUUAUCCUGGAUGACUACUGAAACUGUUUUACACAAUGCUUUUGACUGAUCGAGAGUGUGCGUCUAUAUAUAUCCAUGUAUAUGAUUUAUAAUCAGGGACAUGGAACCUCAGGCCCCCAAGGGCCUGCAUGCGGCCCCCAGGCCUCUCUGUCUGACGCCACCCCUCACCAGCCCAGCUUUGCACCCUUGAGGGUUUUUACCUGGCUGGGAUGCCUUGUGCUCUGUUACGCUUCCGAAUUGUCUGGGCAGAGAGGGGCUUGUGAACAUGUGUGGAAACUGGGCUAUUGUGCAAAGGUAAACUUUACAUUUCUUGCUCCUCCCACUUUUGUUCCAGCCCUGCCCACCACUUGCAUAUGGCCCUCAGAAGGUUGUCCCCCCCGCCACCAAAAAAAAAUCCUCUGCAGUUUUGCAAAGGAUUUGGGGCGUGCAAAUCUUUAGUUGUUGUUUUUUAACUGAGCAACAGAACUGUGUUCAAGCCGCUCUCUGGCAAUACAUUUUUUAAAAAUAAUAAUAAUAAUAAAGUUUUCUAACACCGCCUCCAUUUGAUAAUCUCCUCCUCUCCUGCCUUGAAGUGUUCUAAUUUGAGGGGCAGAUCAAGUGUGUGGGUGCUUGGGUUUUUAGCAAUUCUUUUCCUGGGAGCUACAGGUGUAAAACCACAGAAUGCAACGUCUGAAGUGUGUGCAGAUCUCUGGAAACCCCAUGAAGUCCUGCAAACCCCCAGGCACAAGGUAACUGUGGUCCUCCAAGCCUCUUUACCUGGCCCUCAGGACUUGCCCCAGGACACCCACCCUCACUGGCAUUGAACUGCCUGCCUGCAACCUGUCCUUGAGCUCCCAUGAUGCCUCUCGCUUGCCUAGAUAGAGAGGGGUGUGUGCGAGUGUGUGUGGAAACUAGCCUGGUAGAAAGUAUUAUUAAAGCUAGAUUAACUAAGCACAUAGAAGAACAAGCCUUGCUGAAGCAGAGCCAGCAUGGCUUCUGCA